CACCUUCCUUGGUUAUCAUUUCCUUGGUUAUCGUUGUAAAAUAUUCGUCAACCUACCACAAUGGUCUGCAAACUUCUGGGCUUGGUCCUGCUGGUAGCUGCAAGCUAUGCUGAGGAAUUCGAAAACGAUAUACCCGAGAAAUGCAAGAGCAUGUCCGUGACCCCGGUAGGCUGCCCGUUCCGGUCGAGCGACGGGCUGCACCCGCAUCCGGACGCCUGCGACCUCUUCUAUUACUGCCCGCCGGGCCACGCGGCGCCCAUCUGCCGGCAGUGUCCGGCCGGGCUGCUCUUCAACCCGGACACGCAUGUGUGCGACCAUCCGGACCGCUCUGGAUGCCGUCAAUAGUUCGACUAUCGAAUACUGGAUACUUAC